AUGACCGCUGGCGAUGAGCGGGACCCAGAAGCGGAGAAAGAGCGCGUUCAGCCUGAUGUCCUACCCACCAACGAGCUUACUCCGGCCCAAAACCUGAGCUCACCAACAUCGACUCCAAGUUCACUUUCUUCAGAUCACCCAAGCCAAAGCCGCCGCCUCCUCCAGACUUUGUCACAAGGUGCUUCUCCAGCCUCGCCCCAAGAUCGAUCUCUUGGCGCACCGUCACCGGCGACAAUCACCGGGCACCCUGUCGACGAUCUACUGCUCACGAGUAACAGCCAGAAAUUGCUUGUUUACUUCGACAGAGAGCUGAGCCAUCAUCUAACAAUUGUCGUUGAAGGCGUGGACAACCCGUUCCGCGUACAUGUCCUCCCACUGGCCUACAAUCACACAGGUGUUCUCCAUGCAGUCCUGGGACUUACCGCGUGCCAUCUGCACCUGUCACCAUCAGGUGCUAACCAGGUUGACAUGGCCACUGCCUUACAACACCGUGUUGCUGCAUUGAACGGUCUAAGCUCCCUUUUAAUCAAGGAAGAAAUCUACGGACUUACAGAAGCUGAAGAAGAGGCCGCACUAGCAAUAAUCUUCCUUUUGGUACUUCAUGAUGUAAGCUCCAAGACCCAUUUCAAGUUUCUCCGCAGCGCGAGUCUUGUUGGCUAA